AUGGACGCUUACCUCAAGGUAGUCCAAGGUUUAGCAGCAGAGUUCAAAUUCUUCGAACUCAUUAAAGUUCCCAGACGGGAAAACGUCUGCGCCGACGCCCUCGCGGCCCUUGGCUGCAAGCUCCGAGAUCAGGUUAAACGAACCAUCCCAAUACACCGCAUUGAGAAGACAAGUAUCGAUAUCUCGACCGACCAAACGGUCAUCGUAGCCCCAGUCACCGCACCAGAUACUGACGGGUUCGAUCCGGACUGGAGAACAGAGUUCAUCGAUUAUCUCAGCAAAGGGGAACUCCCAGCCGAGAAAUGGGAAGCACGCCGACUAAAAGCACUCAAUGCUCAUUACGUCGUCUUAGACGAUAAACUCCAUCGAUGGACCGCGAGUAAAGUACUCCUUAAAUGCAUUCAUGGGGACGAAACCCUCAGGGUUAUGGCCAAGAUGCAUGAAGGCGCCGGAGGCAACCACUCAGGCGGUCGCGCCUUGGCAAUCAAAGUAAGAAGUCUAGGCUUCUUCUGGCUGACAAUGAACGCAGAUUUCGAAUCCUACGCGAGAAGUUGCGACAAAUGCCAAAGGCACGCACCAAUCCUCACCGACAACUUCACGAAAUGGAUUGAAGCUGAGGCCUUCGCUCAAGUCACGGACAAAGAAGUCCGCGGCUUUGUAUGGAAGAACGUUAUCUGCCGCCAUGGUCUGCCUUACGAAAUUGUUACUGAUAACGGAUUGCAGUUCAUGUCGGGCAACUUCAAGGAAUUCUGCAGCAAGUGGAACAUCCGAUUAAGCCCUUCCACCCCUCGCUAUCCGCAAGGGAAUGGCCAAGUGGAAUCCUCCAACAAGCUUAUCAUUGACGACAUCAAGAAACGCCUAGAUCUGAAGAAAGGACAUUGGGCCGAUGAACUCGACGGAGUCCUGUGGAGUCACCGCACGACACCAAGAGGUUCCACUAAAUCAACACCUUUCUUCCUUGCAUACGGUGUCGAGGCUAUGGCCCCCACAGAGGUUAACGUUACAAGCCUCAGACGUUCGAAGAUGCCCCAGUACGUAGAACUUAACAAGGAGAUGCUGCUCGACGUCCUCGACGAGAUCGAAGAACGUCGGGACCAAGCUCUGCUCCGGAUCCAAAACUAUCAGCAUCAAAUAGAGAGCUACUACAAGAAAAGGGUCCGGGCCAGACCCCUCGAACUCGGCGACCUCGUCAUGCGCAAGGUGUUUGAAAACACUAAGGAACUAAACGCCGGUAAACUCGGGGCUAUGUGGGAAGGACCUUACAAGACCGUCAAAGUCGUCAAACCAGGAGUCUACCGACUUGAAACGUCGCACGGAGAAGCAGUGCCUCGAGCAUGGAACUCAAUGCACUUACGCCGUUUCUACUCGUAG